GGUGCUCCCCAUUCUCCCACGCCAUUUUAAGCGGCUAAGUGAGCGGAGGCCGGCUCGCUGCCUCUACCUCGGCGGCCGCCUCCGCCCCGCCACGUCCCUCACCCCGACAGGGAGAGCGAGCAAGCGUAGCGCGUGCCAGCUCCGAGGACUUUGAUCAACAUUCCAAGGAAGAACUCAACGCUAAGAACAGUAGCUCCAUAAGCACUGAAUGCAUCAAACCAGGAACAAUGGAUCUGAAAUUCAGCAACUCCAGGAAAUAUGUUUCUAUCAGUGUCUCUUCCAAAGCCCAAGCUAUGUCACCACACAUCAAGUCAAUAGAUGACAUUGUAGUACUUGGCAUAAAUCUCAGCAAAUUUAACAAACCCACGCAGUUUUUCAUAUGUGUUACAGGAGUUUUUGUAUUUUAUCUAAUCUAUGGAUAUUUACAGGAGCUGAUAUUUUCAAUGGAGGGGUUUAAGCCCUUUGGCUGGUACCUUACUUUAGUUCAAUUUGGAUUUUACUCUGUAUUUGGACUAAUAGAACUUCAGCUUAUUCAGGACAAAAGGAGAAGGAUACCAGGAAAAACCUAUAUGAUAAUAGCUUUUCUAACCGUGGGUACUAUGGGUUUGUCAAACACUUCCCUAGGCUACCUGAAUUACCCCACCCAAGUCAUCUUCAAGUGCUGCAAAUUGAUUCCAGUUAUGCUAGGAGGAGUUUUUAUUCAAGGAAAGCGUUAUAAUAUUGCAGAUGUGUCCGCUGCAGUGUGUAUGAGUCUCGGCCUAAUAUGGUUUACUCUGGCUGACAGUACAGUUGCACCAAAUUUCAACUUGACAGGUGUGGUCCUUAUUUCCCUUGCCUUAUGUGCAGAUGCUGUUAUAGGAAAUGUACAGGAAAAAGCUAUGAAGAUGCAUAAUGCUUCCAAUUCAGAAAUGGUUUUAUAUUCCUAUUCAAUAGGUUUUGUGUACAUUUUAUUGGGAUUGACAUGCACUACUGGAUUAAGCCCUGCAGUAGCAUUUUGUUCAAAGCAUCCAGUACAGACGUAUGGUUAUGCAUUCCUUUUCUCCCUUACUGGGUAUUUUGGAAUCUCCUUUGUUCUGGCUUUGAUUAAAAUUUUCGGUGCUCUUCUUGCUGUAACAGUUACAACGGGAAGAAAAGCAAUGACCAUUGUGCUUUCUUUUAUAUUCUUUGCUAAGCCAUUCACAUUUCAGUAUGUAUGGUCUGCUUUAUUGGUUGUGCUUGGUAUAUUUCUCAAUGUUUACAGCAAAAAUAUGGAUAAAAUCAAGCUCCCAUCACUAUAUGGUCUAUUAAAUAAAAAAAUGGAAAACAGAAAGACAAGGACGUUGGCACAAACAGUAUAGGCAGUAAUUUACACUGUCUGAAAUGGAACUCUUUUUUUUUUUUGAGGGAACAAUUAUCAAUUCACUUUCCAAAGGGAUCUUUAUAAAAACCAAAGGAGUAGAAGAAGGCAAGCUGUGCAUUAUGGCUUAACUAUGAACAUUUUCAUAUGAAAUCAACCUUUUCUUCAGAACACUUGAAUUCACAUUACUUUUGAAACAUUCAACAAGCCAGUGUGUAACACAUUAUGAGAAUAAAAUAUCAAGAUGAAGGACCAAAUAUACUUGGCAGCUUAUUGAGAAUUUCCAGUAGAAAUGGAGCAUUGCAAGACCAACUUGGAUAUCAUAUUUAUGUCAUAUCUAAAAUGCCAUUGAUAUGGAAUUCAUAGGCUUGUCUUGUCUUUAUUAUUUGGUUGGAGUUAUUAAAGUUGAUUUUUUAUAUUAUGAUACUGAUGACCAAAUUUACACUUUAAAGUCUUAGAAGAGUGAUUAUUUUAAAUAAAAUAUAUAUUUAAUGAUUUGUAAUAUCUUAAUAUGAUUAUGUAUUAAAGUUGAAAAUGGAAAUUAGAUAGAAUUUAACUAAGCAAAACAUUUGGGGGAUUUUCUCUCACUUGUAAUUUAAAAAUCUGUUUCACAGUGACAGCAUGCCUUUUAAUUAUUCUGUAAAAUGUGCCUAGGAUGUCCUUUGAAGUUACCUUUAUGCAGCAGUUUAAUGUAUAUCAUUGGAAGGAUUAUUUCUGUCCACUAGGAUGGUGCUGAAAAAAUUAAGUGAUCCCGGAGAGAUUCAUUCACUUAAUUAAGACAGAAAAAAAGUUUGUCUUACAAUAAUUAUAGUUUAAUUUUCUCACAGAAUGUUAGUCAGCUUUGAAACAAUAAAAGAUAUGGUAAAGUUGAAGUAGUUGAAAGUUUGGUUUAUUUUUCAUGUAUACAAAAAAUAAUUAGAAACUCAUACAUGGUAGAAAAAAUUUUCUAAGCUAUUUUUAUGUACUAUUUGAAGUGCAAGUGAUCUCUACUAAAAAGCUAUUUUACUAUGUCAUUAAAACAGGGAUGCAGCUUUGAGAUGACCAUGAAUUUUUAAAAGGCUAUUAUAUGCCAGGGAGGUACAAAUGGUCAGUUCCUAACAAAGGGAAAGGGCUUUGCCUCUGGCCUGGUCCAAGUCUCACUAUAUUUGGAAUGUUUUAUCAUCAGAAAGGUGGCCAACAGGUGAUGUUAGUUUGGGGGGUGUGAAACAAGUUAUUAAGAACUUAUCUACCAAAGUGUAAAUACACUAAUUAAUAUUUUAGACUAUUAAAGUUUCUGUGAAAAUACAUAGGGAACUGUGCCCACCAACAAAUCACAACCUUUCUUAGGAGUUAAGUCUGUAGUCUCAAUAGAGUUAUAAUUGGAAGGCCAUCUAGUCUACCUUCCUCCUUUUCUUGAUGAAGAACUAGGACUGAACCACAGUAAGUUCCUGACCCAAGAUCACACAAGUAGUAAAUAUUGGAAAUUAGUUCAGAUUCUCCAUUUACUAUAUCAGUGCUGUAGGGAGAGACUGAGAUACAUAGAAGUUCAAGGAAUUGUCCAGGGGAACGCAGCUUAGAAGCUGUAUCAGCAGCCAGGAAUUCAACCUAUGUAGGUAUUCCUCACUCCAAGCCAGGAUUCUAUCCAUUAAAGUAUAAAUCUAAAAGUAUGCCAUUUAGAAUUUUUUACACUUAGAAUAAUCUGACAUUUUAGCCAUUUAUUUUAAUUCUACUAAUAGCUUUUCAAAAGUCCAAUAUAUAACAAAAACAUUUCCUUUCAAAACCAAUAUAAAUUUGAUUUCCCAAUACAAAUAGUAUUGGUCAGAUCAAUUCAGUGUCUGCUCCAAUGGAUUAUUUCAUACAUGCUUUUAGAUUUCUUAUACUAUUUCACUAUUUAGAUGCAAAGUACUAUGCUGAGCAGCAGAGAUAGAAAAAAGGCCGAAGAGAACAAAAGAAAGCCCCUGCCCCAAUGAACUCACAACCAAAUGGAAGGGACAAUGAGCAAACAAAUAUAUAAAGACAAGCUAUAUGCAGGAUAAAUAAAUGAGAGGGAGGGUACUAAAGUGUAGAAGAUUUAGAAAUGGCUUCCUCUAGAAGGUGGAAAUUCUCUGGGAGCUUGAAGAAAACCAGGGAAGCCAAGAGGUAGUGAUGAGGAGAGAAAGCAUUCCAGACAUGAGAGACAACCAGAGAAAUUGUCCCAAGGCAAGAUGGUGCUGGCGGGAAGGGGAGAAUGUUAAGGAGACUAAUACCACUUGGUCAAAGUAUGUGUAGAGAUUGGAAGAUGUGAAAAGACUGGAGAGGUAGAGGCAGGUCUGGGUUAUAAAGGGCACUGAAUGCCAGAGGAUUUUAUAAUAUUUGAUCCUAUAGGCAAUAGAGAGCCACUAUAGUUUAUUAAAGGGAGAAGGAUGGGGAUGGGUGACAUGGUUGGACCUGUGACUUUGGAAAAUUGGUUUGGAAUGAGGAGAGACUUAUGGCAGACAAAAUCCCCCUACAGUAGCCAGCAGGCUAUUGCAAUAGUCCCCACAUGAGGACUAUUAUGAGUUGCUAGCACCAGUGUGAUGACAAUAGCAGAGGAGAGAAGGGGACAUAUUUAAGGUAUGUGAAGGUCAGUGAUUAUAAUGGUUAUCACUACAUUUCUGAUGAAGGCAACUUAAUGGAUGAAGGAGUUGUAACAACUGAUCAUCCAAUAUUUGAAAUUUGCAAUUAACUAUUUUGAAGUAGUCUCUUGUGGGUUGAAAAGUUGAAUUCUAAUCUUUCAAAAUUGAUCUAAUUACUAUAUCAAGAAGCACGAUGACUUUAAUACACAUUGUAAAUUUAUUGUAUUGUCUUGUAAUGUGAAUGAACCUUGAAAAAAAAUCAUCUAUCCUUCUGGCCUUAAAAGAUGGUUAAAUAAAACUGUCCUUUUGGGGAAAAGUGCCUAAUAAAAAAACUGAUUACACAAAAUCC